UCCCAGCUGAGCUCCGCAGGAGGAGGAGAGGAUGCCGGGCAGGACUGAAGUGUAGGGAGAAGAGGAGAUGCUACAAGCCGUCCGUUCCAUCCAUAAUAAUGGGGAAUGUGAGGUCUCUCCCAAAUAAGAUGGAAGAACUGACGGCGCUGACCAGGCUGCAGUGGGAGUAUAGGGAGAGCAGCCUCAUGAUGUUCACGGAGUCAUGGCUGAACGAACUCACUCCGGACUCACUUUUAACUCUGGACGGAUUCCAUCUGCUAAGAGAAAGGGUGGGGGCCUCGUGAUGUAUGUGAAUGAGAGAUGGUGUAAUGCUGGACACAUUAGCGUUAAAGAGCAGCUCUGCACUAAGGAUGUAGAAUUACUGGCGGUCAGUCUGCGUCCGUUCUAUCUGCCCCGGGAGUAUUCACAUGUAAUAGCCAUUACUGUGUACCAAGGUUAUAAUCAUUAAUGAAAACUAACGAAAUAACGAAAACUAGAAAUGAAAAAACAUUUUCGUUAACUGAAAUAAAAUAAAAACGAAGCUUUAUUAAUAAACGAUAACUAACUGAAACUGUAAUAGAGUCCUUACAAAACUAACUAAAAGUAACUAAAAUUAUAGAGAAAUUGUCUGUAGUUCUUGUAUUUGUGAACUGUCAGCAGGAGACAACAGCACAUCCCGUGACGUGUCUGUGUCUCCGUGUUGCCGUCUUUCCAUCCAGUCGCAGACAGGCGGGUCUACACCAUGACCCGCUGCAUGGCAGCGAGAGUCAGGAGAAAGCGCCAAACUCCUAUUUGGGAUUAUUUUGAGUAUGACUGUGUGUCAGAUAAGAGCAAAUGCCAUGUGGUGGAACGUGGUGAAAUAUGUGGCGCAUUUCUGAAAGGUAAAAACCCCACGAAUCUUAAAGUGCAUUUAAAAAGCUCGCAUAAGGAGGCUAACCUAGCUUACAUUGAAGCGGUGAGGGAAAACGCCCGACCCCCCCUCGACGGAAACACAGUCCAACUCCUGGCCAGGCGACAUCAUGCAGCCCGAGACAACAUCACAGAAAACACUUGUCCAGUGCUUCCAGCGGCGACCCGACAGCUGCUGGUCAGUGAACUCACAAGAACACCACAAGCGAGAGGAAGCACUGGUAAACCUGUUCACUGAGACAGGUAUGUCUACAAGACUGUGUGAGCAGCCUUCCUUUAGGAAGUUCAGCAGCUUGCUCAAACCGACAUUCAAAACACCCGGAGCUGCAAGACUAAAUGGUCUUAUUGGGGCUAAAAUGGAUACGGCUAAGCAGCAACUUAAAGAGAUCAUAAAGGAAGCGAGAAAGCUAAUGUUAUGUGUAGAUGGCUGGAGCAAACGAGGACUGACAGCAUCUUUCAUGGGUGUGUCAGCUUGUUUCUACCAUCCGCCUGGAGGUAAAGUUCACCAUGUACUGCUAAACCUGCACCGAAUGGAGCACCCACAUACCGGGGAGGCCACUGCCUGCUGCAUUGAUCAGACUUUAGAUGCAUGGAAUAUAGGAGAAGACAGAGUGCUGCUUGUUGUGGCAGAUAACGGUGCCAACAUAGUCAAGGCUGUGCGGAUGCUUCGACAUGAAGACCUUGGCGUUCCUCAGGCCCAACCAGGAGGUCCAGGAGACGGACAGCAUGAACAGUGGAUGGAGUCAGACUCAGAGGAAGAGUCAGAUGAGGGUGAAGAGAGCAUAGGCUUCGAAGAUGGGGAGCACAACAAGUUCCAGAGAAUGUCAUGCUUGGCCCACACCCUUCAACUCACACUGAAAGAUGCCAUGAAGCACCCAAGCGCUGAUUCACUCAUAGUGAAAGCAAGAAAGCUGGUACAUGCUAUAAGGAAAUCAUCAGUGGCAAAUGAAGAGUUGAUCAAAAGAUGUGGCAAAACGCUGGUCCGGGACUGUAGCACGCGCUGGAACAGCACCUAUGAUAUGCUUAAAAGACUGCUAGAUAUCAGAGCUGAACUAAACCAACUACUUGAGGAGCUGGGCAUGGACACACUUCUCGCAAGUGAUUGGGCUAAGAUGGAGAACCUUAUCAAACUGUUCGAGCCAUUUCCCAUUCACACAGACCAGCUUCAGAGUGACAGUCAGUCUCUCUCACAAGUAGUGCCAUGCCUGCUCAACCUUGAGGCACAUCUGCAGAUGAAUCUGAGGAAUCAGUUAGCCUAAGUGCUGCUGAAGUCUUUGCGAGAACGUUUUGCAAGCAUUCUUAGCCCUGACUCCACACAGUUUGAUGCUACACCAGCAGGAGCCUGCUUAAUGGAUCCAGGGGUGUCACUGGUUCUUCAAACAGCAGAUGCCACACCACUGAAGAGGGCUGCACAGUCCUUUGUGCAGAACCUGGCAGCCCAGUAUUACCCAGCUACUUCUGCUCAGCAUCAAGUUGCAGGGCCCACUGUUCUUCUUAAGUACCGUUUCCUUGCUUCCCGUAUGGAGAGCAACAUGUCACCUACAAAUCGGCCUAAUCUGAGUGAUAGUGUGUUAACAGAAAUGGAGAAGUAUCUCAAUGACGUCAAACAGGGUGUGUUUAAUGAGACACCAUUGGAGUUCUGGAGGUCCAGAGAGGCUGUCUAUCCAAAACUUGCCGCUGUGGCGUUGGAUGUCGUUAGUGCUCCUGCAUCACAAGCCUUUGUGGAGCGCAUCUUCUCUGUGUGUGGAUUGCUGUCAUCUGGUCUAAGAAACAGAACAACCACAUCUCUGGAGAAACACGUUUUCCUCAAGAUCAACAAGAAGUUGUUGCUUGACUGAAUUACACUUGUCUUUCUGUUUCUUCCCCACCUACAGAGACAAAUACGGUUCACUCUUUCACAAUGCAGGGACUCUUUUUGUUUACAUUGGACACAAAACUGUGGAAGUUAGCACAGAAAGGUAAAGCGCAUAAGCUUCCAGCUUCCAGUGAAUAUGCACUUUAGGGGUCCAAAAUGAAGUUUUUUUGCUGUUGUUGUAUUGUUGCUCAAGGCUGCACCCUGUGUAGAUAGUCUAGAUAUGUGUACCCAUAUCUAAAUUUUAGGUACAGUUGGUGUUGGAGUGUUCAAGUCAAUACAUCUUCUUAAAUAGUAUGUGUUCUUGAGUUUUCAUUACCCAGUACUUUUUCCUAUCUUUUUUUUAAUGUCAUCACUGAAGAAUAGUCCAUAUUACAAAAAACUAAAACUAAUACUAAAACUAAUAAAAACUAAACUAAAACUAUGCAACAUGUAAAAACUAAAAACUAAACGAAACUAGCAAAGAUGGAUAAAAAACUAAUUAAAACUAAACUGAUAUUGGAGACGUAAAGUGAAAACGAAAUAAAAAUAAAAACUAAUGAAAAAUUCAAAACUAUUAUAACCUUGCUGUGUACAUCCCUCCCUCUGCUGAUGCAGCUGCAGCCUGUGAACUCAUCCACAGUGUAGUGUCCCAGCUGCAAACAUCUCACCCUCAGUCUCUUAUCAUCAUCUCAGGAGACUUUAAUCAUGCAUCGCUCUCUGCCACUCUCCCCACGUUCACCCAGUACGUGACCUGCCAUACCAGAGACAAUAAAACCCUGGACCUGCUGUAUGCAAACAUCAAGGAUGCAUACAGCUCCUCCCUCCUCCCCCAGCUGGGCCAAUCAGAUCACAACCUGGUGAGACUGCAGCCCAUUUACAUACCUAUGGUGAAGAAACAACCCCCCACCAUCAGGUAUGUGAAGAAGUGGUCUGACGAGGCCACUGAGGCGCUGCAGGACUGCUUUGAGACCACAGACUGGGAUGUGCUGUGUGGUCCACACGGGGAGGACAUCGAUGCACUGACAGACACUGUUACGGACUAUAUCAACUUCUGUGCAGAGAACAUCGUACCGACCAGGAAAGUACGGUGUUUCUCUAACAGCAAACCCUGGGUGUCCCUGGAACUGAAGACCCUGCUGAAGGAGAAGAGGAGGGUUUUUGGAUCUGGGGACAAAGAGGAGCUGAGGAGGGUGCAGAAGGAGAUAAAGAAGAAGAUCAAGGCGGACAAGGCCAGCUACAGGACCAAGAUGGAAUCUCACCUGCAGGACAAUAACACAAGGGAGGUCUGGAGAGACCUGAGAUCCAUCUCUGGUUACAGCAGAGGCCAUGAGAGGGGAGCUGCAGCAGGAGGCCAGGAGUGGGCCAAUGAGCUGAAUCUGUUCUUUAACAGAUCUGACUCUGCUCCCACUCCUCCCCCCUCUCAUCAAAGCACCGACCAGCAAGCUCCUUCUUCACACCUCAGCUCUCUACCACCAACACCACCAACAGCACCCCUCCUCCGACCCCCGUCUUCUACCACCUCCGGACUCCACAUACAGCCCCAUCACCCCUCCUCGUCUCACCCCCCACCACCACCAUCACUCCUCCUCCUGCCACCCUCCCCCUGCCUCUCCAUAACAGCUGAUCAGGUGAGAAGUGAGCUUAAAAAGAUCAAAACCAGGAAAGCUGUAGGUCCUGAUGGAAUCAGCUCCAGGCUCCUUAGAGACUGUGCAGACCAGCUCUGUCAGGUGCUGCUGCACAUCUUUAACCUGAGCCUGAGUCUGGAGAGGGUUCCUCUGUUAUGGAAGACUUCCUGCCUGGUUCCUGUCUCUAAGACCAGGAACCCCAGGGAGCCUAACCACUUCAGACCUGUGGCCCUCACUUCUCACCUGAUGAUAAGAUAAGAUAAGAUAAGAUAAAGUUCUUUAUUUCUCCCCACUCCAGGGGAAAUUUACAUUGAAGACCAUGGAGAGGAUCGUCCUCAAGAACCUCCGUCCCCAGGUGAGCCAGUAUCUGGAUCCACUGCAGUUCACCUACCAACCGAACAUUGGAGUGGAUGAUGCAGUUGUCUACCUGCUGCACAGAUCACUGACUCACCUGGAGAAACCCAGCAGCACUGUGAGGGUCAUGUUCUUUCACUUCUCCAGUGCUUUCAACACCAUCCAGCCUUCUCUGCUCAGGGUGAAGCUUGAAGGAGCGGGAGUAGACUGUCACCUGGCUGCUUGGGCCAUCGACUACCUCACCAACAGACCACAGUACGUGAGGCUUCAGGACUGUGUGUCUGAUGUGGUAGUCGGCAGCAUGGAGGUCCACAGGGGACAGUCUGUCCUCCUUUCUCUUCAUCCUGUACACAUCAGACUUCCACCAUAAAAUUUGCACAGACAUUAUUGCACUGCUACAGCUUCGCACUUUUUAAACUCAUUUUUUAAGCCACUUUAUACUGCAUUGUCUUUACAGUGUGUCUGUACUAUACUAUUUCAUCCUCAUUUCUCAUCCCUGUACAUAUUGUAAAUAUUAUUACUACUGUUCUAUUAUUAUUUUAUUUCUAUUACGUCUAUUGCUACAUAAGCUGCUGUAACAAUGUGAAUUUCCCCUGGCGUGGGGAGAAAUAAAGGACUUAUCUUACUUAGUAGGAAUAGUAAUAGUAGUUAGCAUAUUAUCUUGACCUGGGACAUAUUAGCAUUAGCUUCAGUCUGAUAGCAUGAUAUGAUGACCUGGGACGUAUUAGCAUUAGCUUUAGUUUGUUAGCAUUAUAUGAUGACCUGGCACAUAUUAGCAUUAGUUUUGGUUUGUUAGCAUGACAUCAUGACCUGUAACCUAUUAGCUUUAGCUUCAGUCUGUUAGCAUGAUAUCAUGACUGAGGACAUACUAGAUUGACAAUGUUCAUUUUGUCGCUUACUUAUAUUUGAUUAUCAAUUAUUUUUAUCCAACAAAGUUAGCAAGGGUGAUCGUUUUACCUUGCUGACAUAUACUAGCAUUAGCUUCAGUCUGUUAGCAUGAUGUCCUGACCUGGGACUUAUUAGCAUUAGUUUUAGUUUGUAGCAUGAUAUGAUGACCUGUAACCUGCUAGCUUUAGCUUCAGUCUCUUAGCAUGAUAUCUUGAUCUGGGACCUUUCAGCCUGAGCUUUAGCCAUGUUAACUUUGCAACCAGUUACCUGUAGUCUGUUAGCAUGGUAUCAAGACCUGUAACCUGUUAGCUUUAGUUUUGAUCAUUACCAUGAUAACAUGAUCAGUGGCCAGCUAGCAUUAGCUUCCUUCUGUUAGCAUGAUAUCAUGACCUGGGAUUUAUUAGCAUUACUUUUAGUUUGUUAGCAUGACAUGAUGACCUGUAACAUGCUAGUUUUAGCUUCAGUCUGUUAGCAUGAUGUCAUGACCUGGGACAUAUUAGCAUUAGUUUUAGUUUGUAGCAUGAUAUGAUGACCUGUAACCUGCUAGCUUUAGCUUCAGUCUCUUAGCAUGAUAUCUUGAUCUGGGACCUUUCAGCCCUAGCUUUAGCCAUGUUAACUUUGCAACCAGUUACCUGUAGUCUGUUAGCCUGGUAUCAAGACCUGUAACCUGUUAGCUUUAGUUUUGAUCAUUAGCAUGAUAACAUGAUCAGUGGCCAGCUAGCAUUAGCUUCCUUCUGUUAGCAUGAUAUCAUGACCUGGGAUUUAUUAGCAUUACUUUUAGUUUGUUAGCAUAAUAUGAUGACCUGUAACAUGUUAGUUUUAUCUUCAGUCUGUUAGCAUGAUGUCAUGACCUGACACCUGUUAGCAUUAGCUUCAGCCUGUUAACAUGAUGUCAUGACCUGAAACCUGUUAGCUUUAGUUUCAGUCUGUUAGCAUGAUGACAUGACCUGGAACCUGCUAGCUUUAGCUUCAGUCUGUUAGCAUGAUAUCAUGACCUGAAAGCUGUUAGCUUUAGUUUCAGUCUGUUAGCAUGAUGUCAUGACCUGAAACCUGUUAGCUUUAGCCUCACUAAUUACCUGCUCUUCUCUACAAUCUAACUAAACUCCCUGUCAGUUUUCCAGUCAGUACAAUAACUGGCUCCAGUUAAAAAGGUUUUAUAAGUUCAUUAGCAUCUGUUUACAUGUCAGAAUAUCUUCUAAAUCUAAUAUUAAGCAGCUGAUGACUAAAUCAGAUCCAUUAGGUUUAAACAUUUUCCUGUUUUACUGCAGAUCAUUUACAUGUUUGUACAUAUUCAAAGGUAAAUCUGUAGAAUUAUUCUCAGCCCGCUCCUCUUGGUUAAAUACAUGAACAUAUGUGACCAUGGAGUGUUUUUACAGUGCAGGGAUGUUUUACAGUGAAGGGCAAGCGAGCAGAGAGGGAGGCAGUGAUGACAUCAGCUGGAGGAGGAGGAGGAAAACAGCAUCCUUCAUCAGACCGAGAGGAGAGAGGAAGAGGACGCCAGGAAACACGGUGAAGAAGAAGAAAAAGAGACGGGACGAGAGACACUGAUACAGACAGACUGACAGACAGAGAGAGAAAGAGACAAGCAGGAGUCCGUAACGUCCUCUGGGCCUGAGUCAGUGUGUGUGUGUGUGUGUGUGUGUGUGUGUGUGUGUGUGUGUGUGUGUGUGAUCAGCUGACUGGAACACACGUCGGUGGGCGGAGCCAUGAUGGGGAAGGAUUACAUGUUGG